AUGAAGGUCCUGUACACAAACGCAGCAGCUAGUGUUGAGGAGUGGCUCACCAAUGCUGAAGCUUCCCUAGAUUCUUCUGCUAGGAAGAUUGUUGGUCUUGAUGUUGAGUAUGACAAACUCAGUGGAACCUAUUUCAAUCCGAAGAAAGCUGCUGUGAUCCAGCUAUGUGUUGGCACUGAUGUUCUUGUGUACCACAUAUGCCAUGCUGAUGAGAGGAGUGAAAAGUUGUAUGAUUUCUUUUAUGGCUAUAGGUACACUUUUGCUGGGUUUUGUGUCGCAGAAGACCGCACCAUUCUGUCACGUUCAAAGUACUAUGUUCAUAAUGUGAAGGAUAUCCAGGCAAUAUGGAGAGAUCCGGACAACAGGAAGAGAACUCAAGGUUUGAAGGAUGUUGCUGGAGCUAUUAUAGAUCCAAUCUAUUUUGAGAUGAAGGAUGGUUUUGGAAGGGCAGAGCACAGGAUGUGGGCUGAUCCGCCGCCUCUACCGCCUAAGCAUUUGGAAUAUGCUGCACGGGAUGCAUAUGCCACGUAUGAGGUUUUUCGGAGGCUGGAUGUGUUUGAGAGGGGCUUCUUCUCCUUAUUCAAACAUCCCGAGAAGAAGCGUGGCAGGGAUUGGUGA